AUGGCGACGGCUCCCUCGUCUCUCCACCCUCUCCAUCAAGAUUUUCUAUGCCCAAAAUACCCUCGCCUUUAUCACAAUUCCCAAUUCAGAACUCCUCGCCUCCGACGACGCCCCACUGGCACCGGCCGCCCGCCUUCCCGCUUUCCCUCUUUCGCCAUUCGUGCAAGCUCAGUUGUUACUUUACCGCCUGAAUGGAAGUCGAGCACUGAGGAAAGUGAAAGCUCGGGUGUUGAGCUGUUAGCAUGCCCAGUAUGCUAUGAACCGCUCAUACGGAAAGGCCCUCCUGGUCUUAACCUGCAAGCAAUAUACAGGUCGGCUUUCAAGUGUAAGAAAUGCGACAAGUCGUAUUCAAGCAAAGACAUUUACUUGGAUCUUACUGUUAUUGCUGGGUUGAAGGAGUACGUUGAAGUCAAACCGGUUGGGACUGAGUUAUUCAGAAGCCCUCUUGUUUCCUUCUUGUAUGAAAGAGGCUGGCGCCAGAAUUUUAACCGCAGUGGCUUCCCAGGUAUUGAUGAAGAGUUUAAAAUGGCUCAGGACUACUUUAAAUCUGCAGAAGGUGGUGUUCUGUUGGAUGUAAGCUGUGGGAGUGGUUUGUUUUCCAGAAAGUUUGCCAAAUCCGGGACCUAUUCUGGAGUUGUUGCGCUUGAUUUUUCUGAGAAUAUGCUUCGCCAGUGUUACGAUUUUCUUAAAAAAGACCCUACUCUUUUAGCUACUAAUCUUGCUCUUGUGAGGGCAGAUGUUUCUAGGCUUCCAUUCCCUUCAGGUUCAAUCGGUGCUGUCCAUGCCGGCGCGGCAUUGCAUUGCUGGCCCUCUCCUUCCAAUGCUAUUGCUGAAAUAAGUCGUAUAUUACGAAGUGGUGGCAUCUUUGUCGGAACCACUUUCCUGCGGUAUACUUCAUCUACUCCCUGGAUAUUGAGGCCUCUCAGAGAGAGGGCUCUGCAGGACUAUAGCUAUUUAACGGAAGAAGAGAUUGAGGACUUGUGUACAUCAUCUGGUCUCAUCAACUACUCGAGCGAAGUUCAGCAAUCUUUCAUCAUGUUUUCUGCUCAGAAACCUUGA